UCUUUUCAGCGCACGUUGUCAUUGUCGUAAGCGAUUUUUAUUGCAUUCGAGCGAUAUUAUAUCAGUAUUCUACCUUCAAAAUGAGCGAAGCAGAGAUGAAAACGAUGGAAGAAGAUGGGGAAGUGGAAACUUUUGCCUUUCAAGCAGAAAUUGCCCAAUUGAUGAGCUUGAUUAUUAACACCUUUUACUCAAACAAGGAAAUUUUCCUCCGUGAACUUAUUUCCAACUCGUCGGAUGCCCUAGAUAAGAUCCGUUAUGAAAGUCUGACUGAUGCAAGUAAAUUGGAUAGUUGUAAAGACUUAAAGAUUGAGAUCAUUCCUAACAAAGAUGACAACACCUUAACAAUUAUUGACACUGGAAUUGGAAUGACCAAAGCAGAUCUUGUGAACAACUUGGGUACUAUUGCCAAGUCUGGUACAAAAGCAUUCAUGGAAGCAUUACAGUCCGGUGCUGACAUUUCCAUGAUUGGUCAGUUUGGUGUUGGUUUCUAUUCUGCUUACCUGGUUGCAGAUAAAGUUGUCGUGCACACAAAGAACAAUGAUGACGAGCAGUAUGUUUGGGAGUCAUCUGCUGGUGGCUCUUUCACUGUUGCUCAUGACAAUUCAGAGCUGUAUGGUCGUGGUACAAAGAUUGUACUUCACAUGAAAGAAGAUCAGUUGGAAUAUUUGGAUGACAAGAAAGUGAAAGAUGUUGUGAAGAAGCACAGCCAGUUCAUUGGAUAUCCAAUCAUUUUGAAGGUUCAAAAAGAACGUGAAAAGGAGGUUAGUGAUGACGAGGAUGAAGAUGACGACAAGAAGGAAGGAGAAGAUGAGGAUGAAAAAAAGGAAAAUGGGGAAGCUGAAGAAGAUGGAGGAGAUGAAGAAGAAAAAGAUAAAGCAAAAAUAGAAGAUAUAAGUGAGGAUGGUGAGAAAGAAGAUGAAACAAAAAAGAAGAAGAAGAUAAAAGAGAAAUACAUUGAUGAAGAGGAAUUAAACAAGACAAAGCCAUUAUGGAUGAGAAAUCCAAGUGACAUCACAAGUGAACAGUAUGCUGAGUUCUACAAAAGCCUGACAAAUGACUGGGAAGAACAUUUAGCUGUCAAGCAUUUCUCUGUUGAAGGUCAACUUGAGUUCCGUGCCAUUCUUUUUGUUCCAAAGCGUGCACCGUUUGAUCUGUUUGAGAAUCGCAAGAAGAGGAAUAACAUCAAGCUGUAUGUUCGGCGUGUCUUCAUUAUGGAUACUUGUGAUGACCUGAUUCCAGAGUAUCUCAACUUUGUGAAAGGUGUCGUUGAUUCAGAAGAUCUUCCUCUUAACAUUUCUCGUGAAACAUUGCAGCAAAGCAAGAUCUUGAAGGUCAUCCGUAAGAAUCUUGUUAAGAAGUGCAUGGAAUUAUUCAACGAAGUUGCUGAAGACAAGGAUAACUACAAGACCUUUUAUGAACAAUUCUCAAAGAACCUAAAAUUGGGCAUCCAUGAAGACAGUACCAAUCGUGCAAAGCUUGCAGAUCUACUCCGCUACCACUCCUCCAACAGUGAUGAGAUGACUUCUUUGAAAGAAUAUGUAUCUCGCAUGAAAGAAGCCCAAAAAGAUAUCUACUAUAUAACUGGAGAGUCAAAAGAUCAAGUUGCCCAUUCCUCAUUUGUUGAACGUGUUUUGAAACAAGGCUUUGAAGUCCUCUACAUGACUGAGCCUAUUGAUGAGUAUUCCAUUCAACAGUUGAAGGAGUAUGAUGGCAAGAAACUGGUUAGUGUCACAAAGGAAGGUCUUGAGCUCCCUGAAGAUGAAGAGGAAAAGAAAAAGCGUGAAGAGCAGAAAGCUGCUUUUGAAGACCUUUGCAAGCUCGUCAAGGAAAUACUUGACAAAAAAGUGGAAAAGGUUGUACUGUCCACCCGUCUUGUGUCAUCGCCAUGUUGUAUUGUUACCAGUCAAUAUGGAUGGUCUGCAAAUAUGGAACGUAUCAUGAAAGCCCAAGCCUUGCGCGACUCAAGCACCAUGGGAUACAUGGCUGCAAAGAAACAUCUUGAAAUCAACCCAGAUCAUUCAAUUAUCAAGGCAUUGAAAAAUAAAGUUUCUGAAGAUAAGAAUGACAAAUCAGUGAAGGAUCUUGUUCACUUGUUAUUUGAAACAUCGUUGUUAUCUUCUGGCUUCUCACUUGAUGAACCUCAAGUUCACUCUGCUCGUAUAUACAGAAUGAUCAACCUUGGUUUAGGAAUUGAUGAGGAUAUAGUUGAAGAUGAUGCAAAUGAGGAAGACAUGCCUCCUCUGGAAGAAGGGGGAGACGAAGAUGCUAGCAAAAUGGAAGAAGUCGAUUAAACUGUUUAAAAACGCUUGUAAACCAAACAAUUUUAGUUCUGCUUGACAUUAUUUAAUAAAGCUUCCACUAUUGACUUGUUUCUAAGCAUAAAUAGGUUGCAAUUAUAAAUUACCUGUAGAAAUAGUUGAUUUGUGUAACUUGUGUUGCUGGAGUACUCUUGUUUUGCUUUAGUUUAUCAUGCUCUCUGCUAUAUUAUUGACUUUGAUUUUGUGCUAUGAUUAAAUGUGAAGAAAAAUA